AUGUUAUUUGUAAAACAAUAAGAUUAUAAUCCAAUUGAAUAAUAUCAACCUACUUCACUGAAUUAUGGUUCAGGUAUUUAUACACCAUAAAAACCUAAAAUUGUAUAUAAUAAUGGGAUUAUUAAUCAAUAACCAAGAACUAGAUCUGAGAGAGUACUUUAAUGUAUAAUAAUAGGAAUAUUAAAAAGAUAUGGAUAUAAGAUCUGUUGGUCCUAGAGUGUAAUAGAUCUGUAAAUAUUUUAAUUAAAAUUUAGAUUAAAAAAAAGAUGAUAUGAAAAGUCUUCUGCACAAUGCAAUGCCUGAUUCGACACUUUUUCAGGCAGGUAUGUUUAUUAUUUGAAAAGCCAGAACGAGAUAGAUUUGCAUAAGAUUUUGCUGCGGAAGAUAAAAAAUAAAGAGAACUACAAUAUAAACUUAAAUAAUUAUCUUAUGAAUCAAGAAGAUUAGCUAAUCUUUAAAGAGAUGGAAUAUUAUGGUAGCGAAAUGAAGAGUAUAUUAUUAAAGUACUUUAUCAAAUUAUAAAAGGAUGAAUAACGCAGAUAAUAUCACUCUGAAUAAUUUACAAGAGGUAAAAGAAACACUAAUGGACUGGCUUACAAUCCUAUUACUUUGGAGUAUGCUUAAAAUGAAGCUGGUUAAAAAUUGAAAAGAUAUGAUGAAUAACAUCAAGUACGAAAAUUUGUUAGGGCAAAAAAUUUAGAUUUUAGAGCUAAUAGUGGUUAUAAUGUCUUAAGUGGUAAAUUAAAAUAAAAGAGAUUAAUAGGUUAGGAAAGAUAAGGAGUUGAUUAAAUAGUCCCAGAUGAAUUAAGAUCAGAUUAUUAAUAAAGGGUUAAAAAUUUAUAAAAUUAAUUAAAUUUAAAACAUUAUGCCUUCUAAUAAUAAAUAUUUUAAUGA